CCCCGAUGUGACUCCCCCCUCCCUCCCGCUCUGGAAUGAUGGGGGUCUUCGGGGCUUCUGUCGGAUCCCUUUUCUUGUCGGUGUUGUAUAUUCAGCAAGGACUUUCUUCUCAAGCCAAAUUUACUGAAUUCCCUCGAAAUGUCACUGCGACUGAGGGGCAGAACGUGGAGAUGUCUUGUGCAUUCCAGAGUGGCUCUGCCUCUGUGUAUCUGGAAAUCCAGUGGUGGUUUCUACGGGCAGCCGAGGACCAAGAACCUGGAGCUGAGGUGACAGGCACUCAGGUGGAGCUCUUACCAGAGAGAGAUCUGGACAAUGAUGGAACAAAAAUAAGCACAGUAAAGGUCCAAGGCAAUGACAUUUCCCACAAGCUGCAGAUCUCCAAAGUCAGGAAAAAGGACGAAGGGCUGUAUGAGUGCAGGGUGACCGAUGCCAACUAUGGAGACCUUCAGGAGUACAAAGCCCAGGCCUAUCUCAAGGUCAGCGCCAACAGCCAUUCCCGACGGAUGCAGGCCUUCGAAGCGUCGCCCAUGUGGCUGCAGGACAAGCCGCGCAAGAACGUCUCCGCAGCCGUCCCCAGCAGCAUACAGAACUCGGCCAGCCAGCGCAUGCGCCCCACAGCUGGCCCUCCCGCAGACGCCAAAAUCCCCAAACAAAGCCCACAAUCAGGUGCGAGGAUAGCUACAAGCCAUGGACUUUCUGUCCUGCUUCUUGUUUGUGGCUUUGUGAAGGGUGCUUUGCUUUAAUCUAAAAAGUGCUGACUUUUUUCCAAUAUCACUUUCUCUUCUUAAAGCAAAGAGCAAAUCGCCUGUAAAACCUACGGAGCGGACUGCAAAGUUGACCCUAACUUCCAACCACCACCCUGCACCCAAUGUACUCUAACUCUCUACACAAAAGGAGCACCUUCGUCAAGACACACAC